ACUAUUCUGAAAUAUCGUGCCUUCACAGUUCAUGUUCUUCGGUGUAUUUUCAGUGUGUGGGAUGAAGCAGGCCAUGUUUUUCAUUCUCACGGCUUCCAUAUGCAGAGUGGGGAACAUGCUGUUUUCAGUAGAGACUCAGACCACAGAUGAGAGGACGCAGCAGUAUCAGUCAGAAAUUGAAGCACUCUAUAAAGAUCUCACUGCCAAAGGCAAAACCCUGAUGCUCUCCACUGAACUUGGGGACGCAGAUGCCGUGUUAAAUUUGAUUCUUUCUCUGGUGUAUUACUUCUGUAACCUCAUGCCACUGUCCAGAGGCUCCAGGUAUGAAAACAAUUGA